UCUUAUAAUUAGUUUAGUAGUUUACUGUUAUAUACCGGUAGACGGCGUGUAAAUCACAGGUAUAGAGGGAAUACAAAUCAAAAAUGUCGGCUAAGGCGAACGUUUGGUGUGUCGCGGUGGUGUUUAUGGCCGGUUUGUCGUUGUGUGCCUGUCUGGAGUGCUAUGACUGUGCAGCCAAGGACGACCCAAUAUGUUUGGACCCAUUCGAUUUGGCGGCUAACGAAGGAGGAACGUCAGAAUGUGGAGAGAAAGACACGCAUUGUAUAAAGUUUAAAACAGUUUCAUUUCUCUCAGAUUCAGGCUUCAUCACUGGAAAAGACAGAGUGGUUACUGUGACCUCGCGGAUGUGUGUGCGUCGAGAUGGAUAUUCAAAUGGUUGUGUGGCAAUCGAGUCAGACGGUGGCUUUCUUUUCAAGUGUCUCUGUGAUACAGAUUUCUGUAACGGUGCUGUCACUGCCAUACCUAACAUGGUUGUGUUAGUGCUGACAGUCUUGGUGACUUUAUGGGUAACCAAACGAUGAACACUAAUUAAUAGGUGAUCCAAAUUGGUUCAAUUACCUAAACUUUUAUAAGAGUAUUACUUAUUCUGGAUUAGAUUGAAACUAUUGAUUAGAUGGAAAUUGUCUACAAAAUGUAGAAAAACAUUGAUUCUGAGAAUUUUUUUUUUUUAAAUUUUUUUUUUAAACUGUCCUGAAAUGGUAGUACACUUUCAUCAAAUAUCUUGCCUCAAGUAUAUUCAGUAAUUUGAUUACUCCAACAGACUGUAGACAUGGUUCUUUUCUAUACAAAUAACCAUGACCUAAAUAAUUUAAUCAAGUUUAGGUGGUCAUCUUCAGGACCACUAUGUAGGUGUCCUGUGGGUACUCUGGAUUUUCUGAGAUACCUAGACCCCUUUCGUGUAGUUUGCAAACAAAUGUGGUGAUUUACAAUGAAACAUCCUCAUGAUCAGGUCAAUGUCGGAAAUCACUCCCUGAAGUAACAUUUUAUAUCUUUGUUGGAAGGUUGAACAAAGAAACUGCCUACAAUAAUUUUUAAUAUAAUAACUAGUACAUAUCAUCUUAUGUCAUAUUUACAUAACACAGGUUGUCUUUCAUUAAGUGGAGUCCAUCAUUUUAUUCUCAUUAAUGUGGAACUUUAUAGACUAUGUAGCUAGUUACAGGUGAGAAAUUUAUUAUUAAGAGUCAAUAUUUUUAAAACAUUAAUGAUGAAGUUAAACAUUUUAAUAUGCAUAGCCUACAGUUUGUGUAUUUUAGUCAAGCGUUUUUUAAACGAGAAGUGUAUAUAUGAUGACAGAAAUAACUCCUCUGACAUACUGGUGACAAAACAAUGUAAUCAAGGACACCAGACAAGUUAUUGUCUACAUACAAUAGCAGUGUAUAGAAAAUAUUCAUUCAGUAUAUUUACAUUCCUUUUAUGGUCUUGCAUGCAUGUAUAGUUUUGAGUUAUUUUUCCACAUUAAUUAUAAAAAGAAAUUUCAUGUCGAAAAAUUGUCUAACUAUCAAGAUUAAAAAAAAAGUGCCAUUUUAACAGCAAGAUGUGAAAGGAUAAAACAAGUUAUUAAAUUUUUUUGAAAGCAUAUAUUGAUUUUCCAAUUUAAUAGUCUGAUGUGCAUAGAGAACUUUCAAAUAUCAGACGUCCACAUGUGUCAUAAUCAUGGACAAAACGGAGUUUCAUAAGAUCACAAAUGUUUUCUAUGAAAACCUGUGCUAGGAAAAGUUGUGAACACACCAUUGGUGUAUCAUAGAAAACACAUGGAGAGAGCACAUUGUCUUAUCAAAGGUACAUAUGUGGCUGUGUGUGGCUUCAUUUACUCAGAAUUAAGUAAAAUACCACCAAGUCAUUUCAUUCAGUAUCGUUGUCAUUUUGUAAACGGUCGUUACUUUUCUUUAUGUGAAUUUUUUAUAAUAAACUAUUUUUAACGUAAAACUAUGCAUGGCAGAUACAAUGAAUGGCUGGCUUAGUCCUAGUCCUAUAUAAAACAUUCAUCACAUAUAUCAUUACACAACAAAUGUACAUGUCUAACAAAUUUUACCAACAUUGAAACCUGUCUAAUCUGACAACAUCUGAACAGAGCUACGUCUUGACCCUUGACUUUUAGCAAUAUUUAGAAGUCAAAUUCAUCCGUUCUCAAAAGUCUGAAAGGCCCUAACAUGUCCCUUCAGACCCCAGAAAUCUCAUUUUGCAUAGUCGUAAAAUCUAAACUUAAUCUCAUUUUCAACUGCCUCUUUAUAAUGCUAUAAGUAUUGGGAGAAAAUGUCCAAAAACACCUCUUAUUAACAUAUUUUUCUUUUCAAUAAAUUGUUGGACAAAUGUUGAAAUGCUCAGGGGUGAGUUUGGACAGGUUUUGAUGUAACUAUGUAAAAACUUGAUGUAAAUAAUACAUGUAAUAUACAAUUACAUAUAGUACACAUGAUUAAUGAUGGCUGAUUACAGGAUGUGUGUAAAAUAAACUUUGUUAAAAUUUUGGGACAUGGAUAUUCGAAUCCCUAUACCUUCCCUGUGAGACACCAUGUCAUUUUGUAAUGGGAGUUGAAAUAAUUUUGAAGAUGGUGUUCAUGAUAGCUCGCCUGAAAAAAUCUUGCAAUGUUAAUGAAACCGAUAUUCCCAGUUUUGUCAAGCAAAAAAGUGCUUUCAUGUGAAUUUUUACACAUGGGAAAUACACGUACAUGUAUAUUUCAGAAUCAUAAUACUAAUUUUAUUACUAGUUUAUUGGUUCUUUCACUUGAUAUUGAUUAUGAUUGUACCACACCAGUGUCUUAAAUCAGUCUGUAUAUAGUUCAUCACAUUAUGUAAAUUAUACAUCA